CCCAUCUGUCUCUGCUAGAACGCAUAGGGUGAGGCUCAUACCACUCUAAAUUAGGUACCUUAUGACCCUAGCGUGAGUCUCAUUACCCUGUACCUGUACCUCUUAGGCUUCGAGUCGUCCUAUGUGGAUGUCUCCGUUUCCGAAACGGGAUAUUGACCCACAGUUUCUGACCCCUGCAGCUGCAAGCGUAUCCGUAAAGCAUAACGUUAGAGCUUCGCAGACCUCCUUCCUACCUACACUUGCACCUCGGUAUCAAAGAGAACGGUCAGUUCUCCAAACCAUCCGGUACUGGCAGCUGUAGUCGCCGCCAUGGCGACCACAAUCCCGUCGAUAGCUUGCCUUGGGGUAAUUGGACGAAAUAACAACCCACUCCACACAUCCAUCUUCCCCUCUUACGACCCCUCGACCAACUCCUACCACCCCGUCCGCACACCGCUGCAGUUCUCCCUCAUCCUCUCCAGCACCCUCGAUGUCUUCGAACUCCGCUCUCGUCAGAACCAGGCGGCCGGCGUCGGUCUGACUGGCGACUUCGGGCUGCUGCACGCCGUCGACGACCGUCUCGCUGCUUACGGAUUCGAGACCAACACGGGCAUCCGCUUCGUCGUUAUCGUGGACAUGCGCGGCCGGCGCAUCGACAGCGCGGUUGCUGCCGGGCUGGCUGACGGGAGAGACAAGAGGAUUGCCGGAGCGGCCGCCGGGCUGAGGGAGGGCGAGAUGCGGCCCGUUUUCAAGGCUAUGCAGGCGGCAUAUAUCAGGCUGACGCAGAAUCCGUUCUAUGAUCCGGAUGAGCACUCGUCGCCUUUGGGACAUGGGGGGAAGAAGAUCAUGAGUAAGAAAUUCGCGGAGGAGAUGCGUCGGAUUGGAGAGAAUUGGACGCCGGGUAUUACGAAUCUCUGA